CCCAACAUUGAAAACACCUUCACCCUCCCUUGACAGUCUUGACUAUGUACAAUACAUCCCCAGAUCUCCACAACUGAGGUCACUAUAACCACUAGACAACUAAUCCCUGGUCCCUGGAACUUGAGUUACUUUCUCCAACUCUUCCAUUGCGAAUGAUGUCCUCCAACCCGCCAUCCCUAUUAGCCAUCAAUUGCAAUUAGCUCGGGACAAUCUGUUCCCGAGUCAAGCUAUCACCAUGUUGUCUCUCCUUCCAGACCUAUCACCCCGCGACUCUCAUUCACUAUGGUACACUUCCUCGCGUAACCCGCUCGCCUCGGCCCCGCCCUACGCCCCCGACGGAUACCCCACAUCUCAGCAACAUCAACAGCAACACCAACAGCCGCAAGAUGGACCUGGCGGCGUCUCGCCUAAUGGGGCUAAUGGCUAUCACCAUCGGCGGGGCGCCCACCUCUUGGAACGGACCCAGCUCGCGCGCCUGCGCGCCGACGAGCUGAACAUGGAACGCCGCCGCCAGAACGUGGUCAACUUCGGCAGCACGUGGCUGAAGCCCCCCGGUGUCUCCAAGACCUUACACCAGCUGCGCGAGGAACGCCGCGAGGUCGAAGAGCACCAGGAGGCCAUGCGCCGCGAGCAGCUUGCCCAGGAGCUUGCCGAGGCAGAGGCCGCGGGGGCUGGCGGCGUAGAUGGCGGGCUCAAUGCGCCGGAGGGCGGCGACGAAGAUGGUGUAAUGGAUGAUGUGCAGCUGGACGGGGCGAGAGAUCUAGACGAGGAUAUCCCUGAGGCGGACGCUGCUGACUUCGGCAUGGGCUCCGACGAGGAUGAUGAAGAGGAGGAUGAAGAUUCUGACGAAGACGAGGACGAGGAUGAGGAAGAAGACGAUGGCCCAGAACAAAGAGCGGAGCGUACACAGCGGGAGCUCAUGGCACAGCGGAUGAGAGCUGCGGAUGAUGCGUUCCGCGAAUCACUGGCCCGCGGUCCAGACGGCCCCAGCUACUACGGCGCCGAUGACGAAGUAGACGAAGAACACCAGGCCCAGAUGAUCCAGGAAGAUGACGUGGUCGGCCACGGAGAUGAUGGAGACGGUGGCCUGGACAUGGAUGCUGACCUUGACGACGACAUCCCGGAAGCCGAGGACGAUGGCUAUGAACAUACGGACUCGGAAGAUGAUGUGACCAGCAGCGAGGCGGACCAAGGCGAGUUGAGCUUCGCGGCCCGGCCAUCACAACCGUCACAGCCGCAGCUACACCCGCAACACCGAUACCGAAGCAGCCUCGCGCGAAGCGACGCGACGCGCAACAGCCUUGCCAUCAGCGACAUCCUGUCCCACGACGAAAGCAGCAUGCUCGAGAGCAGCCCAGAACUCCAUCGACAGAACCGCCACCACAGCCACGGCCAUGCGCGUCGUGGCCGUUAGGUUAAAGAUACAGAUUUGGAGCUGAAGAAACCCCUCCCUUCCUCAUUCAUUUACUUGCGUCGCUUGCAUCACUAUUCGUACAUAGGUACCUUGCUUUGCUUGACCUUGAGAUACCCCCUUUUGCUAUCUAUCCCUCUCUUCACCAUACCUACACUACAUAAUCAUCUCGCCCCCCAAUCCUAGUCCUAAUCCAUGGACAAAGAAAACCCGAUCGAUUAUCAUACAUACAUACAUAGCUCGCCGGCCGGUGUCGCUGAGUUACUUGUUUUUUAACAAAAUACGGGACAAUGGCAAUGGCAAUGGCAAUGGCAAUGGCAAUG